AUGGAGAAGGUGCACACGACCGAGCGGCUCGCCGAGCUCCGCAAGCUCAUGAAGGAGAACGAGAUCGACAUUUACAUGAUUCCCUCUGAAGACAGCCACCAGUCCGAGUACAUCGCUCCAUGCGACGCUCGUCGAGCUUUCAUCAGCGGAUUCUCGGGCUCCGCCGGCUACGCGGUCGUCACGCACGACCGGGCGGCGCUCGCGACCGACGGACGAUACUUCAACCAGGCCGAGAAGCAGCUCGACGGCAACUGGGAGCUGCUGAAGCAAGGGCUGCAGGACGUCCCCACGAUACAGGAAUGGACGGCAGACCAGGUCGAGGGGGGCAAGGUCGUCGGCGUCGACCCGACCGUCGUCACCGGUGGUGAUGCCCGCAAGAUCACGGAGAAGAUCAAGAAGAAGGGUGGUGAGCUCAAGGCUAUUAGCGAGAACCUCGUGGACAAGGUCUGGGGCCAGGACAGACCUGCGAGACCCAUUGAAAAGGUCCGCGUGCAGCCUCUCGAGUACUCUGGAAAGAGCUUCGACGACAAGCUGGACGAGCUGAGAAAGGAGUUGGAGAAGAGGAAGAGCGUGGGGUUCGUAGUCUCCAUGCUCGACGAGAUUGCGUGGUUGUACAACCUUCGCGGCAACGAUAUCCCCUACAAUCCCGUUUUCUUCUCCUACGCCGUCGUCACACCCAAGGAGGCUACAUUGUACGUUGAUGAGAGCAAACUGCCCCAGAACGUCAAGGACCAUCUAGGAGACAAAGUCAAGAUUCGACCCUACGAGGCCAUCUUUGAGGAUGUCACCGCGCUCAGUGCGAAGGCGCUUGAGGCCGCGAGUGAAACCGACGCGAAGCCAAAAUUCCUCACAUCCACCCGAGCAUCAUGGGCGCUGAGCAAGGCACUGGGCGGCGAGGAGCGCGUCGAGGAGGUGCGCAGUCCCAUCGCGGACGCCAAGGCGAUCAAGAACGAGGUCGAGCUGGAGGGUAUGAGGCAAUGCCAUAUCCGCGACGGUGCUGCAUUAACGGAGUACUUCGCCUGGCUGGAAGACCAAUUGAUCAACAAGGGCGCCACGCUGGACGAAGUGGACGGCGCAGACAAGCUCGAGGCGAUACGCUCCAAGCACCAGCACUUCAUCGGUCUCUCCUUCGACACCAUCUCCUCGACAGGACCAAACGCAGCCGUCAUCCACUACAAGCCAGAGAAGGGCGCUUGCUCGACCAUCGACCCCAAGGCCAUCUAUCUAUGCGAUUCGGGAGCACAAUACCUGGACGGCACCACAGACACGACGCGCACUCUGCACUUCGGCGAGCCAACGGAGAUGGAGCGAAAGGCCUACACGCUCGUGCUGAAGGGCAACAUUGCGUUGGAGCGUGCUAGAUUCCCCAAGGGCACGACUGGAUUUGCCAUUGACUCCUUGGCUCGACAGUUCCUCUGGGCAGAAGGUCUCGACUACCGACACGGCACUGGCCACGGCGUUGGGUCAUCGCUGAACGUCCACGAGGGGCCCAUCGGCAUCGGCACGCGCGUGCAGUUCUCUGAGGUGUCGCUCUCCGUUGGGAAUGUGAUUUCAGACGAACCAGGCUACUACGAGGACGGCAAGUUUGGCAUCCGCAUCGAGAACAUGGUGAUCGUGAAGGAGGUCGAGACGACGCACAAGUUCGGCGACAAGCCGUACCUCGGAUUCGAGCACGUCACGCUGACGCCGCACUGCCGGAACCUCGUCGACCUGAAGCUGCUGACCGAGGAGGAGAGGCAGUUCAUCAACGACUACCACAAGGAGGUGUUCGACAAGACGAGCAAGUUCUUCGAGAAGGACGAGCUGACGCUAGAAUGGCUGAAGCGGGAGACGGCUCCGUACUAG